AUGGACAAGGAGUUGAAAGAGGAGUUCGCACAGAAGCGUACUGGAGUGCCGGAUCAUCAUUUGGCCGUGAAAUCAUUUCAAUCUGAGGGGAAAACGGAGACAUGCGUCGGGAAGUCGAGACGCUGCAAAGAUAUUGAGAGGAAGGCGGGGAGAGUGUGGGCAAACCCGAACCAGGGUGGGCAAACCCGAACCAGGGUGGGCAAACCCGAACCAGGGUGGGCAAACCCGAACCUAGGUGUGCUGGGCCCAAACCCGAACCAGGGUUGGGCAAACCCGAACCCAGCGGGUGGGCAAACCCUGAACCAGGGCGUGGGCAAACCCGAACAGCGGGUUGGGGCCAACUUUGAACAGGGCGUGGGGCAAACCCGAACCAGGGUGGGCAAACCCCGACUUAGGGUGGGCAAAAACCCGAAACCAGGGUGGGCAAAGACGACACCAGGGUGGGCAAUACUCCGAACCAGGGUGGGCCCGAACCAGUGGUGGGCAAAGCGAACCCGGAACCAGGUGUGGGCUAAACCCGAAACCAGGGUGGGCAAAGACGAACCAGGGUGGGCGAACCAGGGUGGGGGCAAAAACCCGAACCAGGUGUGGGCAAACCCGAACCAGGGUGGGCAAAGUGGGCAAACCCGAACCAGGGUUGCGUGCAAACCCGAACCAGUGUGGUGGGCAAAACCCGAACCCAGGGGUGGGGCCCAAAACCCGAACCAGGGUGGGCAAAACCCGAACCAGGGUGGGCGCAAACCCGAACCAGGGUGGGGCCAAACCCGAACCAGGGUGGGCACCCGAAAACCAGGGUGGGCAAAGACUGAACUUAGGGUGGGGCAACCCGAACUCAGUGGUGGGCAAACCCGAAACCAGGGUCGGGCAAAACUCCGAUACCAGGGUGGGCAAGACGAACUAGGGUUUGUCGGCAAACCCGAACCAGUGUGGGCAAACCCGAACCAGGGUGGGCAAAACGAACCAGGGGUGGGCAUAAACCCGAACCAGGGUGGGCCAAACCCACCGGGUGGGCAAACGAACCAGGGUGGGGCAAACCCGAACCGGUGGUGGGCAAACCCGAACCAGGGUGGGCAAAGAAUCAGUUGGGCAAACCCGAACCAGGGUGGGGCAAAACCCGAACCAGGGUGGGCAAACCGAACCAGCGGUGGGCAAACCAGACGAAACCAGGGUGUGGCCAAAGAACCAUGGUGGGCAAACCCGAACCAGCAAACCCGAACCAGGGGUGGGCCAACACCCCGAACCACAAAGGCCGCCGGGCAAGGGUUAGGCAAGGACAGGCAGGAGCGAGGACAAGGACGACGCAGCGUAAGCGCCCGACACAAAGGAGGUGGGCGUAGGGAGGGAGACGGGAAGCAAGGGGAAGAUGGCCCGAUAAGGACCCAAUGGACGGGAGGAACGUUACCUCUCGGGACGCCGGUCUUGCCAUACGGAAUGAGACAGGGUGUUCGACUGGAUGACACUGCACACUUCCGUAUACAGAAAUUUUCUUCUAUAUUCGUAUACGGAGACUGUGGAACGCUAUUUCAGUCUACAUUUCAGUAG